GUGGUGUGACACUGUGUAGGCGCGGCGUUUCAUUCCAGUGGCGAGCUCGACGCCGCGCCAGCGCCACUAUAUAUACGAUGGAGUCCACUUGCUCACGCAUCAUCAGCGUCACUCUCCUCCCUUCCUCCCGUUCCCUCCCCGCCCAAGGCACGAACAGCAGGGGGGAGAUCUAAGCGCCGCGGCGCACGCCGAACGGCAGUUCAUAUAUAUGAUGGUGAAGAACCCAAGCAGCAAUGGCGUUCUCACGGCGGCGGCCGCCUUUUCCGACAGCAAGGCCAUGCGGGAGAGCGGCAAGGCGGCGGCGGCGAGGCCGUACAAGGGGGUGCGGAUGCGGAGCUGGGGGUCGUGGGUGUCGGAGAUCAGGGCGCCCAACCAGAAGCGCCGGAUCUGGCUCGGCUCCUACGCCACUCCCGAGGCCGCGGCGCGCGCCUACGACGCCGCGCUGCUGUGCCUCAAGGGCUCCGACGCCGUCCUCAACUUCCCUUCCUCGUCCGCGUCCUCGACUCACCGGCGUGCUGAUGACAGCAGCGGCGGCCGCCCGGACGACGACGACCCGGGUGCCAGCGGCGGCAUGUCGCCGAGGUCCAUCCAGCGCGCCGCGGCCGCGGCUGCCGCGGCGUUCGGCGACGCCGCCGGCAUCGGCGCCAGCGCGACGACGACGCCGACGCCUGCCUCGCUGUCGACGCAGGGCAGCACCGAUCACGCCCACCAGGAGCACGCGACGGCAUCAUCGUCUGCCGCGGACGACAGCACAGGCUCGCCGCCCGGCGGGGAGGAGCUGUGGACGGACCUGGAGGCAUUCGCCUCGCCCAAGUCGAUGGAUCUGAUAGACACCGGCGCCGCGCCGUUCCCGUCGUCGGCGUGGGAGGAGCCCGAGGACGACGGCGAGCUGAUGAGGCUGUGGAGUUUCUGCUAGGCCUCGCGCUCUCUAAAGAUCGAUCGCAAUGCAGUGAGCGUACAUGCAUUGCUCCAUCUUUUUUCUUGUCGACGACAUUGCAAGGAGAGUGCCUAGCUAGGUUCAUGCAUGCGCAGCUUCCACCAAAGAUUCUUUUGUUUUUUUACAUAAGAUAAAACAAGAUAAAUAUUAAUUACCUGUACUCAUCUGGACAUGGAUUGUUGAGCGAGCGAGAGCCGAGAGCAUCGGAUACUUCUGCUAGAUUUGCCUCCAUUUUGUUUAAAGAUAGAAUUAUUAGUACAGUUUUCGCGAUUGCUUAAUCUAAUCAGAAAGUGCUCGGAAGGACACGCGCUGUGUCUCUGUCUCCUGAGGCUUCGCGUCUAAGCAUUUUGCGGUUCACACUAGCUAGCGCUGUGCUGUACUGCUGCUGGUGUGUAUCAUAGUUUUUGGUGUUGUAAAGGUGAACGCACACGAUGCUUUUGA